GUCCGACGUUUUCCUCUGAUUAUUUCAUCUCAGAGUCACAGCCCAUCUCCUGGAAACAAAACAAGCAACCAUGAUCAGCUCCAAGAAGCUAGCUCAACUUUCCAAGAAGUGGCAGGGUAUUGGUGCCAUCGGGCGAAGAAGGUUCACAGCAUCGGACAAGGAUAUCCACCCAUCAUGCAGCUCUGUUGCAGGCAAGGGCCACUUCGUUGUCUACUCUUCCGAUGGGAGGCGGUUCGAGAUCCCCCUGGUGUGCCUCCACACAACGGUCUUCGAGGAGCUCCUGAGGAUAUCUCAGGAGGAGUUUGGGUUCACAAGCGAUAGGAGGAUCACGCUGCCUUGUGAUACAACAAUGAUGGAGUAUGUGAUGAGUUUGCUAAGGAGAGAAGCCUCGCAAGAUGUUGAGAGGGCACUCCUCAGCUCCAUAGUGACGACUUGCCACCACCCAAGCAGAAUGAUGCAACCAACCAGCGGACUUGACCAACAAUUUGCUGUGCGCAGCUCCUGAAAAACGAAGAUCUGGCAGCUUCUUUCUUUUUUCACCUUCCAUCUUUUUUUCCCGGACGUACUUUUGGAGCACUCUCCUGUGCGGCUUUUUUCCAAUUGUCCCGUGGAUAUACAGAUGGAUGCAUGUAAGAAUAAUCACAUUGUGAUUUCGAAUACAAGGAUCAAGCUUACCACA